GAGCAAUGUCUUUCUACCGCAGUCCCGCCAAUUCGAACGAUGACAAUAGCUCCUAUUCGGAUCCGAUGAAUUCCGCACCGGCUCUUAGAGGUUCAGUCCAGCUGCAGGCGGCGUCACAUUGGUCCCAACACGUUCGUCCCGCAACCCCUGGUGCUAAUGGGCUUCAACCUCAUCCGGCUUCCGCCAGAACCGGAUCGGUGUCCCCCAUUUGGCCUACCAAUCAAGCUGGUGCCGAUGGGUACUAUCAUGUUUCGACACCGAUGGCUGGAGAUGGCGGAUCUUCCGGUCGCCCUUGGGCCCUCAAUCAGGAGCGUUUGCGAUUCCACGAUCACCAUCCCGGAUUGGCUGCCCCGCGAUGGCAAUCUGAUCAAGAUCAACAGGGCCCGGCCCACGCACGAGAGCCUUCAUCCUACCCCUUUGGGCGUUCCCCUGCGGUUCGCCAGCAUUCGCAUUCGCCAGAGGAUUACGAUGAACCCCUCCCCACUCUAAUCAUUCCUUCACCGGCUCGACAACCGACGCCACUCCCGGGCAUGUUUGAGUGCGACAUCAGCUUUCUCAUGUAUUGUGCUCGGAAGAAUAAGCAGAAGAAGACGGUUUGGUCAGGAGUCAGAUCCAAAGUCAAAAUUUCAAUCUCGUUCAACUGCCACACGAUUGACUUACCUCGCUUCAAAGAAUUGGUCACAUUAGCGUGCGGCAAACGUCACCCGAAUGCGCCCCCCUUGAUCGAACAUGGUACGAACUCCUCGCCACCAACGAUGCUCUGGGUGGCCUACAUGGCCCGUAACCCAAAAUGGCUGAAGACCGGAUCGCAGUCAGUGGCUACCGGCCCUAUGUUUGCCGAUUGGAUGCAAGACAUUAUCCAGGGCGGUGUGAAGAAGGGAGGGCUCCACCUCAAAAUGGACAACCCGAGCGACAACAAAUCCCUUGCGGCCGACAAUGAUUUGAUGGCGCAAACCGUCCGUCGUCAUGCGGCUCAAACGGCGACCCUAAUGGCCGUGUUGGAUAAGCACCCUUCAACCUCUGCUGACGGCCCUCCUGGCGCUCCGCUCUCACAAACCCUGCCCCUUGGGCAGACACCGUUUGAUCUCGAUGAUGACGCGGAAGACUCCUGUGAUGAUAGUUUUGAUGCGCGAAAAAUCAUUGAGGAGGAGAUCUUUAGGAAAUAUAGUGGAAACAUCGGUGUGGACCCAAGCCAUUCGGUCUACCCGCAUCCAACCGAUGUCAAUCGGUAUGUUAUCCUCACAGCCGGGAAUGUGGCCUCCUGGGCUAGAGCAAUUACUCGCAAGUCCACGCAUGUCGACCCAAACGAGCAUCCCGUUACUCCUCACGUGCCUCCGUUGGCCGCUAGUGCCAACCAACCGGAUGCCUCACCUCCUACGGGUCAGAUCGUGACCCCGGAGUUGGUGGCAUCCAUUGUGGACAUAUGCACCGAGACCAUCUCGAAGAAACGGGCACGGUCCCCGGAAAGCUCGAGUUUGCCCGUAGGGGUGGCCGGGUCCGAAGAAAGCCUGCUUGAUUAUGUCAAAUUUGCCGGUGUCGCAAACGCGGAAGAAACCAUGCGUGUGCUCGAGCGGAACGAAGUCGAUAGCUACACAAUGUUUGCCGACGGAUUCUUCACCCCCGAGCAAUUGCAACAGUUAGGCCUCACCGUGGGGACCCUGGCUAAGCUCUGUCGAAAUGUGGGUCGAUACGAACGCAGCCGUGCUAACGCGAGGGAAAUACAAUGA